UCCCCCUCUCCUCCUGCCGCUUGUCUGUGAGCUCCAAUUUCUGCCCCUUCAGCCUCUCUCUGUCUCUCUUUGACUCACAGUCUGUCUCACUGAGUCUCAGCACUCUAGAGCAACCAUGCAAACUACCAGGCAAACUGCAUACUCCAUGCGCUCCUCUACCAGCAGCAGGGCCCCUGCCAUGUCCAUCACCCGCACCUCCGCUCCUGUCUACAAGGCCCUGUCCAUCCACGGCGGUGCUGGCGGCUCCCGCAUCAGCGUGUCCUCCAGCUACAGAAGCUCCCUGGGAGCCGGGAUGGGAGCCGGGAUGGGAGCCGGCGCCGGGGCUGGGGGGUUCUCCAGCAGCGUCCAGGUGAGCGGGAACAGCGCAGACAUCAUGGGCAAUGAGAAGUUUGCCAUGCAGAACCUGAAUGACCGACUGGCGAGCUACCUGGAGACGGUGAGGAAUCUGGAGAAGGCCAACCACAAGCUGGAGAUAAAGAUCAAAGAGGCCCUGGAGAAGAGUGGACCUGACUUCAGAGACUACAGCAAAUACCAGCCCAUCAUUGAUGACCUGAGGAAAAAGAUUUUUGAUGCGACCACCGACAAUGCCCGACUGGUUCUCAACAUUGACAAUGCACGUCUGGCAGCCGAUGACUUCAGAGUAAAGUACGAGUCUGAGCUGGCCAUUCGUCAGUCUGUGGAGGCUGACAUCGUCGGUCUGAGGAAACUCAUCGAUGACACCAACCUGAGCCGCAUGAACCUGGAGAGUGAGAUCGAAGCCCUGAAAGAAGAGCUCAUCCACCUCAAAAAGAACCAUGAAAAUGAAGUCAUGGAGCUUCGUAACCAAAUAGCCCAGUCUGGUGUUCACGUAGAUGUCGACGCUCCAAAGGGUCAAGAUCUGGCCCAGAUCAUGGCAGAAAUUAGGGCUAAGUACGAAAAGAUGGCAAAGAAGAACCAGGAGGACCUCAAAGUGUGGCAUGAAUCGCAGAUUGUAGAAGUUCAGACACAGGUGUCACAGAACACAGAGGCCCUCAAGGGUGCCCAGACAGAGGUGAAUGACCUGCGCAGACAGUUACAAACCCUGGAGAUUGAACUGGAGUCACAGAAGAGCCUGAAAAUCUCUCUAGAGGGAACGCUGAGGGACACAGAGUUGCGCUACAACAUGGAGAUAGAGUCCCUUAAUGCUGUUCUCCUGGGCCUGGAGGCGGAGCUCACACAGCUGAGGAACCAGAUCCAGCUGCAGUCACAGGAUUACGAGGCCCUGCUGAACACAAAGAUGAAGCUGGAGGCUGAGAUUGCAACAUACAGGCGGCUGCUGGACGGUGGAGACUUCAAGCUUCAGGAUGCCAUAGAAGAGCAGAAAACAAUGACCAAGACCAAAGUAAUGACCGUCACACAGACCCUGGUGGACGGAAAGGUGGUCUCCUCCAGCACAGAAACGAAGGACCUUUAAUCAUAGCAUGUGACUGAAACACCCAACAAACACUAAAACAAGAAAAGCAAAGUAUUUGUUUUUAUCAGAGUAUCAAAUGUUACAUUCAAAGAGAUACUCAUAAGAUCUUAAGCUAUUUGUUAAACGUCACACCCAGAUCAAACCGUUCUUGCAGAGGCUGAUGGAAAUUGGAUGAGAGGAAAACAAAAUCAUCAGUUAUUUAUUUAAUCUUGGUUUUUUUAUGUCAUUGUUUUCUGUCCUUUUGAUGUUUACAAUAGUUUGCAGUUGGUAGAUUUUGUAAAUCUAUCAAGAAUCUGACGAAUUGAGAGAAAUUUCAAAUUGAAAAUGGUCCAAUUAAAAACUAUUUCAAAAUACAUGUUUUUGUCUUUGGCUUUCCUUUUUCCCAAUUUGGUCUGCCUGCUGCUCUGUGGUGAUUAAACAUUUCAAUAAAGUCCUUUUGAGAAAAA